AUGGCUGCUGAGUCUGGACUGACGAAGAACCAGCGGCGGCGGCUGAAGAAGCGCGCGCAGAAACAGGCAGAGGCCAAUGGCGUGCAAUUCGGGUCGACCAAUCGUCGGGACGAGACGGCAGUGCCCGAGAAGCAGACGGACAUCGCGUCUCCCGUAAACGUCGAAGUGGAGUACGUGAGCGCCGACCCGAGCAAAGACUUAGCGCUGGCGAAGGACGAUCCCAUGUACGAGGAAAUGCUGCGCGUGCUGAGCAAAUUUUCGUCGGCUGAGGAGCUCUGUGGCACAACGGACAACGAGGAAGGUCAAGAUGUUGAGAAUCGGGGGAAGAAAGGAGUCGAUGGGGACGUGAUGAACGACGAAGAGGGGGACGAACAUAAAGAGGAAGACGAACAAGUGCUGUCGAGGAAAGCUCGCAAGAAGAGCAAGCGACUGAGUGUCGCUGAGCUCAAGCAGCUCGUCUCGUAUCCUGACGUGGUCGAAGCACAUGAUGUCACGUCUGCGGAUCCGCGUCUGCUGGUUUAUCUCAAGUCGUAUCGCAAUACGGUACCUGUGCCACAUCACUGGUGCCACAAACGCAAGUACCUGCAGGGCAAGCGCGGCAUUGAGAAACCGCCGUUUCAACUACCGGAGUUUAUUGCCCAAACGGGAAUUGCUGCAGUGCGAGACUCGGUGGCAGAGGAUGAUGAGAAGAAACGGAACAAACAGCGAGCGAGAGAACGCGUGCAGCCCAAGAUGGGGCGAGUCGAUAUUGACUACCAAGUGCUCCAUGAUGCGUUUUUUCGGUUCCAGACGAAACCCAAGCUGCUCACGCGGCUCGGCGACCUGUACUACGAAGGAAAGGAGUUUGAAGUGAAGCUGAAGACGAAGGUGCCUGGUCAACUUUCGGAUGAGCUCAAAGCGGCACUUGGUAUGGUGGAAGGUGUACCACCGCCGUGGCUGCUGAAUGUACAGCGAUACGGUCCGCCACCAGCAUACCCGAAUCUCAAGAUUCCGGGAUUGAAUGCGCCAAUUCCGGAGGGUGCCAGCUUUGGCUACCAUCCUGGCGGCUGGGGCAAGCCGCCCGUCGACGAAAACGGUGUGCCUCUGUACGGUGACGUCUUUGGCAAGGCGACCGAGACGGAGACUCAGAGUGAGGAAAUCAAUCGAGAGCGAUGGGGAGAGCUUGAAGAGGAAGAAGUGGACGAGGAAGAAGAAGAAGGUGAGGGAGAAGGAGAUGAAGCUGAAGACAUCAUGGAAGGCGGUACGGGAGCUGAAGGUCUUGACGCGACUGGUGUGGAAACGCCGCUUGUGGAUGGCAUUUCCAGUGUUGCAUCCGGUCUUACCACGCCCGGUGUGGUGGACCUACGUAAGGGUAUUCGGGGAACCGAAACACCCGAUGCUCCUCAGCAACUCUACACGGUUUUGGAGCAAAAAGAUACGUCCGUGGGGACGUCGCUGUACGGCUCAGGUCAUGCUUACGUGGUCCCUGGUGCAGCAGAAGAACCCAGCGGUACGCGCUCGGAGACUGGUCGAGUUCGUCGUCGUUUCGAAGAUGCCUCGGCGCUCGCUUCAGCCGAUGUCGGUGCUGACGAAGACGAAGCAGCUCAGAAGAAAAAGAGGGCCAAGACUGAGAAGAGCAAGAAGCUCAAGGAUUUCAAGUUCUAG